AUGAUUGCUCUUUAUUCUUGUUUACUUCCUCGUUCUUGUGUUCAGAAAUCAUUUAAUAAUUUGCAAGCGUUUCCCACAAGAAAUUUGAAGACGCCUGGUUCAGAGAAAUCGCAGAGAGCUAUUUUAUUUCCAGGUCAAGGCGCUCAAUAUGUAGGAAUGGGAAAAGAUCUAUACUUGAGUUACCCUUCUGCCCGACGUGUUUUUGAGGAAGCUGACGAAACUUUAGGAAUGAAUUUGUCAAAAUUAAUAUUUGAUGGACAGCAGAAAGAUCUAAUGAUGACACAAAAUGCUCAACCCGCGAUAUUAGCAACAUCUAUUGCAACGUUCAAAGUAUUGGAGAGUGAAUAUGGCUUCGAUAUCGCAUCUUGGUGCGCAUAUGCACUUGGACAUUCUUUGGGUGAAUAUUCUGCAUUGGUCGUUACCAAAUCUUUAUCUUUGCAUGACGCGUUUAGGCUAGUUCGGCGACGUGGUGAAGCCAUGGCAGAUGCGGUUUCACAAUUAGGGGUCAAAACAGCAAUGUCAGCUCUGAUUGUUCGUGAGGAAAACUUACCAAAAUUACGAGGCGCGAUAAAUGAAGUUUGUUCAACCUUACCUGAGGGAGAGUUUGUUGAAUUGGCUAAUCUCAAUAGUAAGUCUUUUCAGGCAGUAAUAAGCGGAACAAGUUUUGGUGUAGAUCAGGCUUCGCGUGUUUUGCAAUCGAAGAGACUCGCAGCGCGUGCCGUCGAUCUUCCUGUAUCAGCUCCAUUCCAUUGUAAGCUGAUGCAACCGGCAGCAGAAAAUAUGCAAGCAGCAUUGAAGGGGGUUAAAUUUGAAAAGCCAAUUGUCGAUGUUAUAUCGAAUGUGAAUGCUAGUCCGAUAAGUUCUGUAGAUGAUAUACCAUCCUUAUUAGUGCGUCAAGUGACACAUACUGUGCAAUGGCAAAGAAGCAUAAAAUAUUGUAGAGAACGAGGUGUCAAUAGUUUUAUUCUUUUUGGACCUGCGAGGGUGUUAGCUAAUUUACUAAAGAAAGAUUUUCCUCUGGAUUACAUAAGGCCCUUCACUACUGUAAAAGACAUUCUGAAUUAUUCGGACGAUUUGAAAAUCAUACAUUCUAACGCGUCAUGA